AUGUCUGAAAAUGAGAUAUCGGAAAUAUCCGGGACAGAUUUCGAGGAUUCUGGUUCGGAAUAUACUCCAUCUGAUAAAGAAAACCAGCGUAAUAGGCAUCGUUCUCGGAAAAAACUUGUAAUUCCUGAAAGUUCUGAUGAAUCUUCUGUUGAGGAAGCUAAUGAUGGAAUUUCAUCAAAAGAAGUUGCCGAAGACGAUAGCGUAUGCAAAAGUCGGAAAAGAAAAAGGAACGUAUGGAACUGGAAAAAGGAGAAGGCAAAACGAGCCAGGGCUUUCGGACAAGCGUACCUAAAUGUGAAAGGAAGUUCUGUACCAGCAAAGAUUUUUAAUAGUGAAGACUGUAUGAUGACAGAAGACUUCAAAAGUAUUGAAAAAUUGGAAAAACUAAUAACUAACAGAAAAAUAGAUAACAAUACUGACAAAAGUCAAAGAACCAAAGUCGAAUGGCUAAAAAUUCAGUGGUUGCGGUUUACCCAUGAUAAUCCAUACAAAAUAUAUUACAAGUAUACCAACAGUAAUGAUGAAACUUUUUCUCCAUUUAACUGUUUUGAUAUUGAAAAGAAAAGAACUCGUUUUUCUUCCUCUUUGACUGAUAUUAAUCUAGAUGUUUUGUACCCCAAUGGUCGCCCCAUAGAGAAGAAAAAAUAUGAAGAUCUAUUACAGCUUUUACCAUAUUAUGUUCCUCCAAUUCGACAUGAUUUCUAUCGCAACCUGAAGACAAAUAAUUCUGCACAAGAUACUGAAGCUGACUUCUAUGAUGAUGACCUAACCCAAGAC